AUUGUUUGAACGAUGAAAGUGUUGCUAUUAUUGUCGGUGUUUUGUUUGUACGUAAACUCACUGCCGGUUAACGACAAUGAGUUUUCCGGCAAAAAGUGGGUCGUAUUGGUGGCCGGGUCUAAGGGUUGGGAAAACUAUAGACAUCAGUCGGACAUUUACCAUGCUUACCAAAUAAUGCACGCAAACGGCAUUCCCGAUGAGAAUAUCAUAGUAUUCCACUAUGAUGAUAUUGCAAAUAAUCAG